AUGAUCCCGAGGAAGAGGACCGCGUAUCUGGCAUGUUGGGGAGGAGCAGCAGCACCGACUCGCCGGGACUGCAGUGGGAAAGGGGCCGGGGGGGGGGGAAAUGGAGGACCGGGUGCAGCAAGGUUGGCGGUGGUUAACACUGGCGCCUGCUGCGAUGAUCCCGAGGAGGAGAACGGCAUACUCUGGCAUGUUGGGGAGGAGCAUGAACCACCCGCCAACGCCCCUUUUUCCAUUCCAACGCACGUCCAAACCUUUCCCAACCAACCCCUCCUUUCGUCCCUACUGCCCUUCGUCCCUACUGCCCUUCGUCCCUACUGCCCUUCGUCCCUACUGCCCUUCGUCCCUACUGCCCUUCGUCCCUACUGCCCUUCGUCCCUACUGCCCUUCGUCCCUACUGCCCUUCGUCCCUACUGCCCUUCGUCCCUACUGCCCUUCGUCCCUACUGCCCUUCGCCCCAACCCCCCUUCCCGCCAACUGCACGCGGUCGUCAGUGAACCGCCCGCCAACGCCCCCCUCCUCCCGUACCACUCACCCCCCUCUAAACUCACCUGCCUUAACCCCCCUCCCCCACCCUCCCCACUGCAGGCGGUCAUCAGUGAACCGCCCGCCAACGCAGCAGAGGAGAGCAGAUUAGAGCAGCAGAGGAGAGCAGAGCAGCAGAGGAGAGCAGAUUAG